AAUUAAACUACCAGGAUACAAAGUCUGUGUAACUUGAUACCAACUUCGUGGUUGGACUCAUCUGAAAGCUGGUGUUCACAGUAUACGCGGUGAAUGCAUCUUGAUUUUCUGCGAGUGCCGCUGAGCUCCUAACAGGUGUUGGGGCACGCCGCCUGGUGAGAGAGAACAUGUCCAAUGGGAAAGAAGCAAAUGCUGCAGAAAACAGCUCCUCACAGAUGACCCUGAAAGAGAGUCUGGAUGAGUGUAUGGAGGCCUUAGAUCUCUUCCUUAACAACCACUUCAAUGAGAGCCUGGAGAGGCUGCGACCAAGAGUGAAAGAGAGUAUGUACCAUGCUCUAAUCUACGCCACAGUGCUGGAAAUGCAGGCCAUGAUGACUUUUCAGCAUGACGACAUCAACAAUGCAGGAAAUACCAUGAAGAGUGCCCGGGAGGUGUGUCAGAGGUUUCGACGGAAAUCCUCAGGUUUGGCUAACAAGCCAGCAGGCGAAUCACUAACUGAAGAGCAGCUCCAUGCAGAAGUAUGUUUUGCAGAGUGCCAACUCCAAAGAGCAGCUCUCACAUUCCUACAGGAUGAGAACAUGGUGAGUUUUAUCAAAGGAGGGAUCAAAGUACGAAACAGUUACCUGAUUUACAAAGAACUGCACUCCUUCAUAAAAUCUCACCACUGUCUCAAAGGACCCAGCCACAUUCACUUAGAAGGAGGAAUAGCUUUUGGAAUAGGGGCAUUUAAUCUGACACUUUCUCUAUUUCCUCCUCGGAUACUCAAACUAUUGGAGUUUGCAGGCUUCUCUGGAGACAAGGAGUAUGGUCUGUCUCUGCUGCACGAUGGCGCUACCGGGAUGAAUCUGCGCUCCAUGCUGUGUGCCUUGCUACUGCUCUGCUACUACACCUUUCUCACAUUCAUACUAGGAACGGGCGAAGGAGAGGUGGUUGAAGCUGAGAGGCUAUUGAAACCUUUCCGGCUCCGCUACCCUCGGGGAGCGAUAUUCCUCUUCUUUGCAGGCCGGACUGAAGAAAUCAAAGGAAACAUUGAUGAGGCGGUGGCUCUUUUCGAAGAUGGCUGCAAGGCCCAGCAGGCGUGGAAGGAGUUCCAUCACAUGUGCUACUGGGAGCUGAUGUGGUGCUUCACCUAUAAGCGAGCAUGGAAGAUGGCCUACUUCUAUGCAGACCUACUGAGCAAGGAGAGCCGCUGGUCCAAGGCAAUGUAUGUUUACAUGAAAGCCGCUUACCUCAGCAUGCUGCCUAAUGAUGAGUCCAGGCCUUUUGGGGAGGAUGAGGUAGACCUCUUUAGACUAGUGCCCACCUUCAAGCAGAAGAUAGCUGGGAAGUCUCAACCGACUGAGAAGUUUGCUAUCCGGAAAGCUAGACGCUACAAGGGUUUCUGCCCAAUCAAGUUGCCAGUGCCAGUGCUGGAGAUGAUGUACAUGUGGAACGGUUUCAGGGUGAUCAGCAAACGACCAGAGCUAACUGAAGGCAUGAUGCAGACUUUAGUGGAGGCAGAGCGCACUCUGCUGGAGUCUCCUGAAAAUGAGUAUACGGUGGAUGACCGUUGUGUGAUCAACCUGCUGAAGGGUCUGUGUAUGAAGAACCAGGGUCAUCUCCAGGCUGCUGAGGAAUGCUUCAACAAAGUGUAUUCUAGUGAGAAGAAGAUCAAGUUUGAUCACUACCUGGUGCCCAACGCUCUGGUGGAGCUCAGCCUGCUCUACAUUGACCAAGGCAGAAAGGACGAAGCUAUUAAACUGCUGCAAAAGGCCAAAGGAGACUACAAAGACUACUCGAUGGAAUCUCGUACGCAGUUCAGAGUACAUGCCGCUCUGGCCAAACUGCAGGCUUGUGAGGAUGAGGACACUCAUCUGUAAGAAGGAAUUCUCCAUGAUCGGAAACGCUCGUCACACCGGACUUCUCCAUUGCCCUCAAAAAGCUUUUUUGGUUGUUUUUAAGCUGAUAUCAAGUUUUUGAACCUAUAUCCAAGUUCAAAGAGUAAAUACUGGGUAUUUGUUCAGGUGUACCUUUUCUGCCUUUGCUGUGUCACAGUCUGGACUAACAUAUCAUUGAACAAAGGUAUUACCUGGUAGAAUAUUCAGUCCAUCUUUCCCAGACUGGCUUCCAAGAGCAGAAAAGUGUCAAGUGGAUUUUGACAUUUUGAGCUAACAGACCUUCAACUUCACUGCCUUUGAACAGACUUGAGUGUAUAUAAAGUAGAUAUUUAAUUUUAUGGACAAUGUUUUUAUUGUUUACAAUGAAAAUUAAAGAACACUAAACCUUAAUCAACAAUUGAUUGAAAUCCACUCUAAAUACUAAAUGUAAGAAAUGUUCAUGAUGUAAUGAAACGUAUAGUGAUGACUAGUAUAUUUUAGUUGGA